AUGAACAGUCAAGAGAAGAUGAAGACCCUAAUGCAACAGAAGAAAGGCAGGCGAUUGUUACUGUUUCCAUUGCCAUUACAAGGCCACAUUACUCCUAUGCUUCAGCUUGCAAACAUCCUUCACUCCAAAGGCUUCAGUAUCACCAUAAUUCACACUCACUUCAACUCUCCCAACCAAUUCAACUAUCCUCAGUUCACCUUCGAGCCUAUCUCCGACGGCUUGUCAGAAAACGAUGCUUCGACCAUAGAUGUCUUGGCUUUGAUCUCUCUCCUCAAUAGCAAUUGUGUUGAGCCGUUUCGUGAUUGCUUGGCUCGGUUGUUAUCGGAGGUUGCAGAAGAGCCUUUUGCGUGCUUAAUCACAGAUGCCGUCUGGUACUUCACACAGGCAGUGGUUGAUAGCCUUAAACUCCCAAGGAUUGUCAUACACACUACCAGCGUCUGCUCAUUUCUUGCUUUUGCUGCCCUUCCACUUCUAAGGGAAAAGGGGUAUCUGCCUAAGCAAGAUUCCGAAUUUGAAGCACCAGUGCUUGAGCUUCCACCUCUAAAAGUAAAAGACAUUCCGAUCAUCAAGACGCGCAACCCGGAAGAUGUAUACAAGGUAACAGGUCGCAUAAUAAGAGAAACCAAGUCAGCUUCAGGGCUCAUUUGGAACUCAUUCAGAGAACUUGAACAACCUGAACUGGCAAAACUAGCCCAGGAAUUUCCCAUCCCAAGUUUCUCAUUCGGACCAUUUCACAAACACUUUCCGGCCUCCUCGAGUAGCUUACAAGAGCAAGACCAAAGCUCUAUUUCCUGGCUAAACUCGCAAGCACCCAAGGCUGUAAUCUAUGUGAGCUUUGGGAGUGUUGCAACCAUGGAUGAAACUGGUUUUUCUGAAGUGGCUUGGGGAUUAGCCAACAGCAUGCAACCAUUCUUAUGGGUGGUUCGGCCUGGCUUAGUCAGUGGCUCAGAAUGGCUCGAACCACUGCCAAAUGGGUUCCUCGAGACAGUGGGUGGAAGAGGGCAUAUUGUGAAAUGGUCUCCCCAACAAAAAGUGUUGGCUCAUCCUGCCAUUGGAGGUUUUUGGACUCACAGUGGGUGGAAUCCGACACUAGAGAGCAUUUGCGAAGGAGUUCCCAUGAUUUGUUCCCCAGAUUUUGGUGAUCAAAUGGUGAAUUCGAGAUAUGUAAACGAUGUUUGGAAAGUUGGGUUGAAGUUGGAGAAAGGUCUUAAGAGAGGGGAGAUAGAAAGGACAAUUAGAAGAGUAAUGGUGGAGAAAGAAGGAGAAGAGAUCAGACAGAGAAUGAUGGGUCUAAAGGAGGAGGUAAAUCUUUGUCUAAAGAAGGGUGGAUCUUCAUACCAGUCACUAGAGGGCCUCACUGAUUACAUCUUAUCAUUGUGA